GAGGUAGCUGCUAUCGAUCCUGAUUUGCAACCAUUUGAAUUAUCUUUGCAUCUUCCAGCUCGUCCAUUGUUACCAGCGAAUAGUGUCAGCGCUGGAUUACCCGAAACACCAAACCCGCUCAAAGUAGCCGUCACUCCACAAGAGUCUUUAAACGAGCUCAGGAUAACGAUUACCGACAGUCCGGAAGGUUAUUGGCUUGGUGCAUUCUGCUUCCGUCGUCCUGCUUCAUCAAGUGGUAAAGCAAAGGUAAACGGAUCAGCUUCUUCUUCUCAAAAUGCUUUAUUGGGUGAACGUGUGGACGAAUGGACAGAAUUGAAGGAAAUCUUCAAAGAUGUUCCUGUGGACAAACGAGAAUUGUACGUUGCCCAUGUUGCAUACAACGAAGCUGAAUCCCGUGCUCAUGUUCAACGGCUCCGCGAAUUGCUUUCGGGUGGACAAGCCGAUCCUUCCUCAAUCGGUAUCGAUGGCGGUUUCAGUGUGCAAGAUGCAGUGAAAAACGAAGAACUAUGGUUCAGUGAACAAAAGGCAUCGGAAGGUGUAUCAAACAAGAAUGCAAGCUCAACGAAGAAAGGAGGAAAAAAUCAAAAACAAUCUUCCGAGCAAGAACAAGAACAAAAGAAGGAACUCUUCGAAGAUUUUACAUCAUGGAAAAGUGAAGAUAUCACCCAAUUGAUCCCCAAACAAGCUCGUGCCGAACGCAUCUUCCCUCAAUGUCUCCGUAAUCUCAGCAUCGCUUCUUGGUCUCCGCCACCCCAUCAGCUUCGUAUGCAAGGUCACCACUUCUAUUUGCACAUCAUCACGCUCGAAGGCGAAAAUUUGUUCAUCACUGCAUGCAGCCAAGGUUUCUACGUCAAUCGAUCAACUGUGCAUAGAUUCGAGCCUCAAGCUAGAUCAGCGCCAAAUGGAGAAGCCUAUGCCUCUUCAUCGCUGUUUGACGUCUUGUGUGCUGCCUCACCUUUGUUCUUGGCAAACUUUGCUAAGCUAUUCCAAGAUCCAAUCUCUCAACGUGAUUACUUUGCCGUCGUUCCAAUUAGCAACUGCAUUCAAGCUCAUCCUUGGCUUGCACGUCAAUUGCAACACUCUGUUGACCCUCUUCGCGUUCAAAGUGCAUACUUGCUUACAGGUGCCACUUCUGCUGAUACGCUAGAUGGAACGAGAGAUUGGAACGAUGAAAUUCAAUCAACGAGAGAAUUGCCAAGAUCUUCAUUGCAAGAACGAUUGAUGCGCGAUCGUGUUUUGAAUCGUGUUUAUGCCGAAUUCACUUUGGCCGCCGUUCGUGCUGUACCUCGUGUUGCUGCUGGAGAAGUUCAAGCAAUGAACCCGAUGGACAAGAGUGAUGCACAAAUGUUUAUCGUUAACAAUCUUUUCAUCAGUAAAGGUGUUGAUGGUGUAGAUUUGUAUCCUCACAUGGGCGCCGACGAAGCUGCACAUGUUGCCGUGAGCAAAGACGUUCAAGGUAUCAGAUGUUUGAACAAUUUGGACGUCGAAGGUGUUUGUUUGCUAGGCACAGUGAUUAUCGAUUGGAUGGGUGAAAGAUGGGUUGCACAAAGUGUUGUUCCUGGUCUAUUUAGACGAAGAGAUGAUGAAGUGGAUGAAGAAGGCAAUCCUGUAGCAGUUGCAGAGGAUAGCAAGGAAGAUACACAAGUUGUCUACGGUGGUGUGGAGGGACCUGAAGUGAUUAAGGAUGACGCUUCAUUCCAUGCUCUCUUUGGCAAGGUUGCCAAGUCACUUCAUUUGGCACAACAUGAAGUUGCCGAUGCUGAAAAGAAGGACCACAACCUUUGGUUGAGCGUUGAUUCCAAGGGUCUUCGUGGCGCUGAUGGUCGCAAAUACGCUUUGGAUUUGGCACGUUUGAAUCCUGUAGAUAUCACUUGGCUAGAAGAUGAUAUGAAAGGCAAGAUCAUCUCAGGACAAGAUGGCCCUGAAGUGGACGCUGGUGAGAAGGAUGUAUACCCUCAUCGUAUGACACUCUUGCGUCAAGAACUACUGGAAAUUUACUGGGACCACGAACUGCGCAAUUGGGCACAAGCAGAACUUGCUGCAAAAGCCAAGGAUGGAGAAAAAGAGGGCGAUGAAGCCGAGAAGCCUGAAGACAAGGAGCCCGAGCGUUUGGAUGCUAGCCAAUUUAAGCUUGCAUUCAAUCCUGAUGCAUUUGUCGAAUUCAAGCCUGCUGAGGCUGAUGCUGAAAAGCAAAUCGAAGCCAGACCGUCUGUGCUCGUCAAUGAUGAACAAGAUCCCACCGUGGCAGCCGUUCGUAAUGCAAGCAAGUUCUUGCGUGAACGUGCUCUACCGAGAUUGGUCACAGAUGUUGCAAUCGGUACCCACACUACCCAAGACGGUCGUUCGCUCACACGUCAAAUGCAUGCUCGCGGUAUCAAUAUUCGUUAUCUCGGUCAUUUGGCUCAUUUGACAAUGCCAUCUCAAAGACAUCGUCUAAACAAAGAAUUAUUGGAUCGUGCAGGUCCUGGCGUUGAAGGAUUCUUGCUACCGUUCCGUCGAGUGGCUAUUCAAGAAAUGGUUGUCCGAGCUGCAAAACGUAUUUUACGCAGUUUGUUGCGCAAGUCCGAACAAAGUUCUUCGGGCAAUGUGAUUUCACAUUUCUUGAACUGCUUGAUUGGAGAUCGUGUGCAAUCUUCUCCUGCACCGGAGUAUACACCUUCUCCAUUUGCUGGACAGGAUGAAUUGGUGCCCGAAUGGACACUUUUGACUCCUGCUUCCUUGCAAGAAUCGAUUCAACAUGAAGUCCGCCUUCGAUUCCGUUUCGAUUUGCCAAAUGAGUACUUUACACAAGAAAUUCAACGCUCACAAGUUUUGCGUGAAAUCUGUUUGAGAUGCGGUAUUCAAUUGAAGCUACGACAAUACACUUUGGAGCCCAUGGCUAACAAUGCUAUCGAGGCUAAUGGACACACUUCUGCCGGUGAAGAAUCGCCUGCUGAAUCACAGCCUGCACAAACAAAAUCAUCUGCAGGUGGAAAGAAAAAGAAGCAAAAGUCUGUCGAGAAGGAUGCAAAGGCAAACAAUCAAAUCACAUCAUUCAAUCCUGAAGAUGUUCUGAACCUUGUGCCAAUCUUGAAGGAGUCAACGCCGCGUAGCUCUUUAGCCGAUGAGGCUUUCGAGGCAGGUCGUGUUUCCAUCAGUCGUGGAGAUCGUCCUUUGGGUCUCGAUUUGAUGACAGAAGGUGUUUCAUUCCACGAACAGAUUUAUGGUUUGGUGCAUCCAGAGACUGGAAGAUGUUAUAGCACAUUUGCAACCGUUUUGCAUCAUUAUGCUACCGUCUUGGCAGUUGAACAAGCUGAAAAACAACGUGAGGCAGAAGAAGGUGUCGAAGUACCACCAUCGGAACUUAGCGAACAACUUUCAGUGGCCAAUGCUUUACGCUAUCAAAGACAAGCUGUCACCGUUAGCGAACGAACGUUGGGCUUGGAUCAUGCUGAAACGAUUGCUCAAUAUGUCAAUUUGGCAGUAUUGGAGCGAUUAGAAGGAAAUGUUGAGGCAUCUUUACGUUGCCAACAAAGAUUACUGCAAUUGCUAGAGAUCGUACAUGGCAAUGAUCAUGCAGAAGUGAUCAAUGCUUUGAACAAUGUUGCAUUAACAUUGCAAAAUGCAAGAAUGUUUGAAAAGAGUUUGACCGUUUAUCAAGCAAGUUAUGAUAUGGCCGUUCGAAUGUAUGGAAAGGACAGUAUCAAUACCGCUUGUUUGGCGCAUGAGCUAAGUCAAGCAUACACUUUGGUGACCGAUUUGAAGAAAGCAAUCGAGAUUGAAAAGGAAGCCAACAAGAUCUUUGAACAAAGAUUAGGUAAAGAAGACAAUAUGACGAAAGAAAGUACCACUUUGCUCAACAAUCUUGCAGCAAGUGCAGUACGAAUGGCCAAGAUGGACGCUCGUCAAAAGGAGAUGACCCGGUUGGGAUUGACAAAUCAAGGCAAUCGCAUUCAAAGUGCUGCUCGUCAAUUGGGUACCACAAGUGCUGCUAACGGUAUUCCAUCGGCUAAUGCGACAUCAUCCAAAAUUGAAGCAACAUCUUCAUCACGAAAAGCUUUACCUGAUCUUUCCAAUAAAAGUUUAGAUGAUUUAGUCAAAUUCAUUCAAGGUCCUUCUCCUGGAAGUAGC